AUGCUAGACUACCCCUCCCCUGAGAUGGACGAAAUGCUCUCUCAGAUCACCGGAGAUGAGUAUCUAUUCGAUGACGACGAUGACGGGCAGCAAGGCGAAGUUGAUACUGAGGCUAUUACCGCCAUAGUUAUUACUCCGGAGGUCGCUGAAGCUGGUGAAGUCCCCGCUGGUGACGAAAAUGCGCUCACUGGAGACAUCUCUGAGCAGGCCGAAGAUGCCUUCGACGACGAAGGCUUUGAUGACGACGUCUGUGAAUUUGCUGAAGUUGGCAUCGCUGAAUCUGAAGAAUCCAAGUUCGAUAAAGCCACUGGAAAAGGCGGUGCUGGCUAG